CAAAUACCCUCUCACUCUAUAUAUCUCUCUCUCUCUAUAUAUAUAUAUCUACAUUAGUCUCAGACCAAAAAUCAGUUCUUGCGUAGAAAAGAAAAAAAAAAUGCUGUCAAGAGUUAACAGUAUGGUCUGGAACAUGGAGGACGCCGGCGGCGGCAAAGCCGUCGCCACCGCAGCCGUCGCCGACCAAGCCCCGCCGUCCUGGGCCGCCGCGACCGCCGCCGCCGGAAUCGACCCAACCAAAUCCGAUAUCGACCAAAUCGGCGCCCUCUCCACCUUCAAAUCCAUGCUCGACGCCGACUCCGACGACUGGUACACCCUCACCGCCGGCUUCCCCUCGCCGCCGCCGCCGUCCGCCGCCAACCACAACCUCCUCCUCCCCCCCGCCGCCGCGUCAUGCUCCCCCACUUCCGCCUCCGUCUUCUCCCCCAAUCUCGACCCCUUCCAGGUCGUCGGAGGCUACCCUACCCAUACCCACCCCCACCCCCACCCAACCCCUAACAACCUCAACAGCUUCGAAUUGCUCCCCGAAUCCAACAUUUCCAGCAAUGGCUACCUCGAAAGCGCCAUUAAUGGCGGAUUCAACGACUUCUUACCUCCCCAAAUCGAUCAAAACGGAUUUGGGGGAUUAGGGUUUGGCGAAUCCUCCAUGAUCGGGACCUCCCUCAAUUUCUUCAACAACAACAACAGGAACAAGAUCCUUAAACCCCUCGAAAACUUCACCACCGUCGGAUCACAACCCACUUUGUUCCAAAAACGAGCUGCCCUUCGAAAGAAUCUGAACAUCACCAAUUUAGGCUCUCUAACAAUCGCCAACAACAACAAUAAUAAUAAUUACAAUAAUAAUAAUAAUAAUAAUAUUUCGAUUUCGAGCAUUAUUAAUUCCUUCGAAAACAAAAAUGAAGACAUCGUCAACGAGAGGAAGAGGAAGAGCAGCAGCGACGACAUGGCCGAGGAUGUAAGCAUCGACGGAUCGAAUCUCAAUUACGAUUCCGACGACCAGUUUUUGGACUACGCCGCCGCGCUUAACAACAAGGAGGAGGGCGGCGCCGCCAAGAGUGGCGGCGGUGGUGGUGGUGGGGCUAGUGGUAGUGGUGGUGGUGGCGUCGCCAAUGUGGAUCCUAAAGGGAAGAAGAAAGGCCCGCCGGCGAAGAAUCUGAUGGCGGAGAGGCGCCGCCGGCAGAAGCUUAACGAUAGGUUGCUUAUGCUGAGGUCCGUCGUGCCCAAGAUUAGCAAGAUGGAUCGCGCGUCGAUAUUAGGCGACGCGAUCGACUACUUGAAGGAACUUUUGCAAAAGAUCAACGAUCUUCACAACGAGCUCGAGUCGAUCCCGAGUAGCUCUUCCGUGACUCCUUCGACGACGAGCUUUUACCCGUUGACGCCGACCAAUCCGGGCCUCCCGCCGCGCAUCAAAGAAGAGCUUUGCCCGAGCGCGUUCGCAAGCCCGCUUUCGAGCCCGACCGGGCAGCCAGCCCGGGUCGAGGUUCGUGUGCGCGAGGGUCGCGCCGUGAACAUCCACAUGUUUUGCGGCCGGAAACCCGGGUUGUUGCUGUCAACACUGAAAGCUAUGGACAACCUCGGACUCGACGUGCAACAAGCCGUCAUAAGUUGCUUUAACGGGUUCGCAUUGGACGUCUUCCGAGCCGAGCAAUGCGUGGAGGGACAAGAUCUCAGCCCGGAUCAAAUCAAGGCGGUGUUGCUCGACUCGGCUGGGUUUCAAGGGAUGGUGUGAUCGUCGUCGAUGUAUGGAUUGGAUCAGAUUGGAUCGGAUUGGAUUGGGUUGGAUCGAACCGUAGUCUCUCUUAAGAGUAUCUAGUUAUGUCUUUGGAUUAUCUCAUUUAUUUAGAAGAAAUUAAAUUUUCAAUGAAUUGUUUUGGUUUUCUGAACUGCUGAUUCUAUCGUAUUGUUAUGAACUUAGAUUUUGGUUUCAUUUAUAAUAGCUUUUCGAUUGUUUGGAUGAUGU